CUGUCAUCUGUCAUCUGGUGCAACAGUACGAGUACUGGUACGAACGGUACACUACCAAAACMACGAGAAAAGGAGUUUUUAGUUUUCACUACUUGCGGUGUGAUCACUCGUACCAGUACCGAAAUUCGACUCGUCUGCUUCAAAUAUCUGUACCGGUAGCUUACUGUAUUACCCAUCCACAGUAUCUACAACCUCAUCAAAGAACAAAAAAGCAAAUGGUUCCGAUGAGAUUGUUGCUUGGAAUUUUCACCCGUGGGGCUGCGAUUGCCUCGCUAAUUGUGAUCUCYGCUGACAUCRCAGGCGCCUUUUCUGCUGGGGGCCUUCGAGGUGCACUCCGGACCUCCGCAGAUUCAUGUACUCUCUCUCGUUUGUCCCAGUCCACGACGGAGUCUCCAGAGGGAGAAACGGCGAGUGCGAGCGGCACAAGGGAGCGAAAAAUUGCCAUUCUCCUUUGCCCUGCCCAGUUCUGUGUCCCGGAGGAUUAUUCCGACCUGUGGGAGAGGCUUCCACCACACAUAGAGCUCGGCGGCCGCGACGGCGACGAUUCGACAACGACGCGCAUCGUUAUCGACAAAGACAGGUCGACGGUGGUCCCGCUUUCCCGAAGGGACUGGAUCAAGGUUGCGAAGCAGUUGCCCACGCARGAUUUUAUCGACGCAAAUCUCCGGGUCCACAAGACACUGGAUUGGUACUUUGAGGCCAUCGAAGAUGGAUUGAAGGAGAUUAUCGACGGCRGCAGUGACGUCGACGGAAUUUGUCUGGUAGGACACAGCAUCGGAGGUUGGGUAGGACGAGCCUAUCUCGGAGGGUUGGCUCGGUAGGUGCUGCUGUUUGGUCUKUGAUYUUCUUUCUUGCGSUUUUGUGCGGUUGUUCUUACAAUCUUUUCGAAAUUCCUCCCCGAUCCAAAAUUCUUUACCUCUCCAUUUAUUGUCCCUUUGUUUGCGCUUCAAACAUCCAGAUCCUCGACAGCGGUCUCAAGGAUCGUGAAGGACACGAACAUGAUAUCGUCUUUUAUCACCCUAGGCACACCGCACGAGUCUCCCGGAACGGCACUGGUGGACCAGACGCGUGGUUUGCUCCGAGAAAUCGCCGAAACACCCGACUGUUCCUCCGCUGCCCUUGCGGACGAACGGGGGAUCGACAUCACCUGCGUUUGCAGCUCGAGCUUGCCAGGAAACUUCUUCACCACUAACGUCGAAGAAUUCGUGGCUGCCAGUUCCUACCUGCCCCUGCUCGGCAAAACCGAUGGCAGUGUCAAGGGGGACGGGAUCGUCCCGUUGGACCUGGCGUUCAUGGAAGAACCGGCGCGGAAGGUGGUUCUGUCCGAGUGUCCCACCACGGGGCGGCCGAUACGGCACAUCCACGUGCUUCCGACACCUUGGAAUCUUUGGGAUGCGUCCGCGAAAUCRAUCCCACUAGACGACACCGAUGCUACCUCGUACACAGCAACUGAGAUCGUUGCGGAGUGGGCCAAGUUCAUUCGGUGAUGGAAACAGAGCUCUCAAAACGGAAAUUUCAAAACCCAACGAAGSUGGCAGUUGUUGGAACACCGCAUCGAUUGAUUCUCAGCCCAAUUGAAUUUUUGUUGUUCUGACAGCGUGYGAUCCAUCCGAAUUUUCACGAAGCAAACAYAACAAUC